GUUAAUGUCAUUUUGGUUUUUUGUUCGAAGGUUUGGGGAGAGCAGAUUCGAGCUGCGCGAGAAAUGGCGGCGCUGGUCGGCCGGCCAUUUCCUUCAAGAGGCGGCGCCGGCAGUUUCCCGCCCAACGGCCGGCCAUCUCCGACGAAGCCGCGCAAGUUCUGCAUGGCUUCAUACCGUCCAUCAUGGAAGAGGGAUUACACGAGCGUGAUGAUAGUGCCCACGGGGGUCGGUGCGUCCAUCGGAGGAUAUGCCGGCGAUGCCCUGCCGGUUGCCCGCGCUCUCUCUUCGGUCGUCGAUUGCCUCAUCUCUCACCCCAAUGUUCUUAAUGCAGCAAUGCUCUACUGGCCAAUGCCAAAUAUCUUAUAUGUCGAAGGCCAUGCUCUUGAUCGGUUUGCAGAAGGCUUAUGGGCACUGCAGCCUGUUCACCAGAAUAAGGUUGGUCUUGUUCUUGAUGCUGCAAUAGAAGAAGAGCUUCGAGUUCGUCAUUUACAAGUCGCUGAUGCAACAAGAGCUUCCCUUGGUUUGCCUGUUCUGGAAUAUAUUGUAACAGAUACCCCACUAGAGUUGGAGAAGUGGAUUGAUCCUGAGAAUGGCCAUUCUACUGGGAGGAUCAAGCAUCCUGGCGCACUAUUGAGAGCUGUACAAACUUUAGUUAGCAGAGCAAAGGUAAAUGCUGUUGCUGUUGUGGGACGCUUCCCGGAUGAUGAUUUGGAUGAUACGGAUGAUUAUCGACAAGGAAUGGGAAUAGAUGAUAUAGCGGGAGUUGAGGCACUCAUAAGUCAUUUAGUGGUAAAGGAGUUUCAGAUACCAUGUGCACAUGCUCCUGCUAUGUCACCCCUGCCCCUAAGCCUAUCUCUCUCCCCGAAAUCGGCUGCAGAGGAGAUAGGAUAUACAUUCCUUCCUUGCGUGCUUGCUGGGCUAAGCAAUGCACCUCAGUACUUAGUCAACAAAUCAGAGUUUAUGGAGAACAGGUGCAUAUUAGGCAGUGAUGUUGAUAGUGUUGUUCUUCCUAUAGAUGCUUGUGGAGGUGAUGGUGCCCUUGCUUUCGCAAGAAGGAAAAAGAAGCCGCUGAUAAUUGUUGUGGAGGAGAAUGAAACAGUUCUCAAUGACACACCAGACGAGCUGCAGAUUGAAGUGGUAAAGGUUUCUAAUUACUGGGAAGCAAUAGGUGUUAUUGCAGCUCACAAGGCCGGCGUGCUCCCGGAUGCACUAAGAAGGAACAGGAUAGGCAACAUCUGCAGUGUUUCAGUUGCGCCUCAUAACGGUAGUGCAGUUGCUAGUUUUGCCUCUUCUGCUUGAUCUGAUGUAUAGGCCUCAUGCAAAAGACAUUGUUAUACGGCACGCAUGAGAACUUUUUGAUAUGCGAAAGGGUUUUGUGGCAAGAGUCAUGUAGAGGACCCAUUCGCGAUAUCAAGUACUUUAGAUUGACAAAUGUCUUCUUUUUCGAUCUUUUCGGCGGUGUAACGAGCGCUGUACCUAAUUAGAUAUAGGACCCGACGCUUUCGUGGUUGAUCUA